UGUUACUGCUGCAUUUUGAUAUGGUACGGUCCAUACAAUCUCCUGAUCACCAGAUCGACUCCUUAUUUAUCUUAAUUUCAGCCAUCCGUCCCGUAUAUCAAUGUGAUUCCCUCUACCGACCUGACUCGUCACUCUAUACCGAAUCAUCUUCCUAACUACCACCUCCAUACAGCCGCCAUGCCUCGAGCACCGCCCCCGAUUAUGGUGGUCGUCUCUGCCUUUGCCCUCUUCGUCUGGUACGUUGUAUGGACGAGUGACCACCCCCGGCCCAUGACUGCUCUAUCGCACGCCGAUCAAUUUAAACCUUUGUUCAAGACCAACGCCGAGGACAUCCCCGUUGCCAGUCCGAAAGUGGUUGCCGGGGAGCCAGUGAUGGGAAAGUUAGGAAAUGAAACACUGAAAGCAGAGCUGGGACGGGCGGCAUGGAAGGUUCUCCAUACCACGAUGGCGAGGUUCCCCGACAAACCCAGCAAGGAGGAAAGUGACGCUCUCAAAGAUUACAUCUAUCUAUUCGCCCGGCUCUAUCCAUGCGGAGAGUGCGCCGAGCACUUUCAACAGAUCCUCAAGAAAUACCCGCCUCAAACAUCGUCGCGAUCUAGUGCCGCGGCAUGGGCGUGCUUCGUGCAUAAUCUGGUCAAUGAGAGAAAAGGAAAGCCCAUAUUCGACUGCGCCAACAUUGGAGACUUUUAUGAUUGCGGCUGUGCCGAUGACGAGAAGGAAGCCAUGAAGGCGGCGGGAGCACAAAGCAGCAGCAUUGCCCAAGGCAAGCCUCUGAAGCACGAACCCGUUGAAAUCGAGGUGGAAGGAGAAACCAGAGGAGGGUGAGGAAGAUGAUGCUUUUCUUUAUUUCACGCUUCCCUCGAUGAUAUAUACACAGCUCCCUCGGCUCCCCUUGCCAAAAAGUCACCAUUGCCCUCCAAAAUUCCUGUUCCGGUAACAGGACUCACAGCCGGGAAUCACACCUAUUUCCUGGUAGCGUGCCGUGGUUGCGAUGAUCCCGGCUCUCGAUCCGAACUGCUUCAUAUGCUCCGGCGCGAGUUUCUUUGGCACAACAGUCCGCCAGUCUCCUCAUGGCUAGUCUCUGAAUCAUCAUUUCGCGUAACCUCCGCGAACGGCGCGAGGGAGGCUCUGGUGGUGUAAUUCCUUGCUCUGCUGGUCUUAUGGGCUGCUCGGCCGAUGGCUCGAUUGGUAAAGGUAAUGUGGAUACUGCGGCACCACCAUCAUUGCUGGCGAAAGGGUUUAGAGUGCGAAAUCCGACGUCGACGAAGCAUCUGCUAGGGAUAUACCAAGUGUCGUCAAAGGCGAAUGGUUGCUCUGCUCCUGCGGUACACGUGGCCGGCCAUCCCUGGUUGGCGCACUUUUUGCACGGCUGUCUCAGAUAUACAUUGUAAUCAUGGACGACACAUCCCCUUACGUCGGGGUCUGCACAGACAGUGUUGCGAAACCGGUGUGUUGCUGGAUGGCAGCACAGAAAGAAAUAUCGCCUGGUUGUGCACAUUGCUCCUUGGGCAACAGCCGCGAAGGAUUGGAUUCGAAUGAUCAAAAAGAGGCGAGGCUCUCUGGUAUGUCUGGGAGAGAUCUAUAAAAGGGUGCAAAGGCAGCGCAAUCGAGGAGGUAUGCCUACCUCGGCACUCGAUUAUGCAAAUCUAUCGAGUUUCGUUGGUUGCUUCUUCACCACUGUAUGUGUGAAUGGAUGGAGGCUUGAGUGCUGUCACGAUUGAUGUUUCAUUGAAGCUCAGAUCUGAUGUGCAAAGCCAAAUGGCCAUCUUGAAAAGAUUUUCUCGUUCAUUCAAGUAAAUCGAAUUGACUGAGAGUCACUUUUGUCACAGCCCAUAUUUAGCAGUCGACAAUGAGAUUGGCAUCACCCUUUGUUCCAUCUCCAUCACUUGUUCUCAGAUUGCAGUCUAUGGAACAACUCCCUCAUGGGCAUGUCGAUGAACGAACAAAGGCGGAAGAAUAGGGAAGCGAACAAAGCCAGUUUCGGCGUAAGCUUCUGGUGGUUGCUUUCGAGGGGCUUUUACUAUGGCAGACAGACUGUCUUGUUCUGGACCUGCAGGGUAUAGCUACGAUUUUGUUUCUCGACCGGGAAGGUUGCCUAUACUAAAACGCGGUAUCAAUGCGCUGUACCAAGCGAUGGGCGACUGGUAGGAGUAGUACUUUGUAUUUGCAGGUACCCAGGUCAGCUCGUCGUUCUACAUGUGUAUCUGUAUCCAUUCCUUCCAACUGAUCAUGUCGUCUGGAGUGUGGGUCCGGGGCAUGUAGUUGGAAAUGCAGUAUAACCAGAUAGUCAAUGUACGCCAAUCAAGAGGACAGCUCCCAACCUCGAAAGUUGUCGUCAAUAUCUUUUGAUGAUCCCGG